CGCCGCGUAAUGGUGGCUUCCGUUGUUGCUGCUGCUGCUGCUGCUGCUGCUGCGAGGACGUGCAACUGGCGGUUUCUCGACCGGACACUGGACUGGACUGCUGCACGGCUUUCCCCGCUCCUCCCGAAUUUCGUCGACGUGAGAGAGAAUCGCGUAAGAUGCAGGAAAAUCGCAACGAGCAAUCGACCACGUUGGCUUUGUCAAAUCCAAGAACGACUUAGCCAUGCGGUGAAGAAGACAAACGCAUCCUCUCUCGCGGAAGGUUGCAAGUCGGGAAAGCUUAAUUGCGCGUAUCAAGGACACAACUGAAUUAGCAAAGAUGUCGAAACGACCUGCAGAAGACAGCAGUUCACAACCACCUAUUAAAAAGGUGCAGUUUGAGCCAAUUCUGAUAGGACCCAUAUCCACUCUUGAAGAAAUGGAUAUGAAGGUUCUACAGUUUCAAAACAAGAAACUGGCACAGAGAUUAGAACAAAGGCAUCGAAUGGAAGCUGAAUUAAGACAGCGUAUUGAACAAUUAGAAAAACGUCAGAUGCAGGACGAUGCAGUACUUAAUGUUGUUAAUCGAUAUUGGAAUCAACUCAACGAAGAUAUACGUGUGUUAUUACAGAGAUUUGAUGCUGAAACUGCUGAUGAAUCCGAAAAUAAAAAUGAGAGCGAAGCUACAACAUCAUUUCUUAUGCAAUUGUCAUCGUGGGACAAGGAAGAAUUAGAUGAUAAAUUAGCAAACCGUGUCCAAGUAUCUAAGCGUGCUGUGUCGAAAGUCGUGCAGGCAUUUGAUCGUUUGUCUCAGAGAAAUGAAAAGAUCACUCUUGCACUUAAGGGAGAGUUCGAUGGUGAAGAAGCGCCGAACAUCGAUGAGGUUGUGCGUCGUGCUAAUGCGGAAAUACAAAUGGAAAAUAGAAAUUUGCAGGCUAUAAAUAUACAAUUGCACGAAAAAUAUCACACCAUCUCAUUGAAGAUGUCAGAAAUGCAAGAUACCAUAACAGGGAAGGAUACACUCGCAGCGGAAUUGCGAAAUCAAGUGGACGAUUUGCAAUACGAGUUGAACAAAGUGCGAGCGAGAAACGACAAAUUAGAACAUCAUCUUGGAGAAGCGAUAGAGAAGCUGAAAGCGUUUCAACAAAUUCACGGGACUGACGAGAAAGGCAGUAAUAAACCGAACACUUUGGUUGCUUCAAGUGUCUCACAGACUAAACUCGACGACUUGCAAAGAGAGCUUGAAGAGACACGUGAAUUAGCUAAUAACAGAUUGCAGGAAUUGGACAAAUUACAUCAGCAGCAUCGUGACACUUUGAAAGAAGUAGAAAAAUUAAAGAUGGAUAUAAGACAACUUCCCGAAUCGGUAAUUGUAGAAACAACAGAGUAUAAAUGUUUGCAGUCACAAUUUUCCGUGCUUUAUAACGAGUCUAUGCAGUUGAAAACGCAGUUGGACGACGCUCGUCAGCAAAUGCAAACGAGCAAGAACGCACAUUUACGCCAAAUUGAGAUGAUGGAGAGCGAGGAGUUAAUGGCUCAGAAGAAAUUACGCGGUGAAGUUAUGCAGCUCGAGGAUGUCCUGGCGCAAUUGCGCAAAGAAUACGAGAUGCUUCGCAUCGAAUUCGAGCAGAAUCUUGCCGCAAACGAGCAAACGGGUCCGAUCAAUCGAGAGAUGCGACACUUGAUCACGUCUCUUCAGAAUCACAAUCAGCAAUUGAAAGGAGAGGUUCACCGUUACAAACGAAAGUAUAAGGAAGCUUCCACUGAAAUACCUCGGUUAAAGAAGGAUAUAGAAGAACUGACGGCAAAACUCGGCCAGCAAACGGCGCAAGAAAACAAAGAAGGAAAUAACUCGGACGGCAGUGGGAAAGAAGAAGAUGCGUCCAAUUCUUUGCCAGGAUCUACGCAGAUAAAAGAGGAAAGCGGUGUUUCGAUAAAGAGAGAAUCCGGUGCUGACGAGGAGGUAGAAACGAUCGAAGUGGGAGAAGGUGAGAUCAAUAAAGGAACGCCAGAUUCUCUGACACUGACUUCGCCGACUCUGAAAAAGGAAAAGGACAUCAAACGCGAGAAAGACAUCAAGAAGGAAUCCGUGAAAACCGAACAUCGUGAUCCUGCUCAUCGCACCAAAGACGCAAAGAUGGCGGAAUCGGAACUUGUAAGGGAUCUCAAGGCACAACUCAAAAAGGCUGUGAAUGAAAUGAAGGAGAUGAAGCUCUUGUUAGACAUGUACAAAGGUGUCGGAAAGGAGCAACGGGACAAGGUGCAGUUGAUGGCUGCGGAGCGGAAAACCAGAGCGGAGUUGGAGGAUUUGCGACAACAGCUUAAGAAAAUUCAAGAGAGUAAACGCGAAGAGCGUAAAAAAUUAGCGGAUGAAGACGCGCAAAUAAAGAUAAAAAAAUUGGAAGAACAGGCGUACACGUUGCAGCGUCAAGUUGCUUGCCAGAAGCAGGUAUUAUACGAGGAAGAGGCGCUUCUGAAUGAGAUGGAAGUGACCGGUCAGGCGUUCGAAGACAUGCAGGAACAAAACUCCAGACUGAUACAGCAGUUGCGCGAAAAGGAUGACGCGAAUUUCAAGCUCAUGACAGAGAGGAUCAAGAGCAAUCAAUUGCACAAACUCGCGCGAGAAGAGAAGGAUGUGUUGAAGGAGCAAGUGUCUACGCUGACUACGCAAGUAGAGGCGGCUAAUGUCGUUGUGCGAAAAUUGGAGGAGAAGGAACGUCUCUUACAAAACUCCCUCGCGACGGUGGAAAAAGAACUGGCUCUGCGACAGCAGGCGAUGGAGAUGCAUAAACGAAAAGCGAUAGAAAGCGCACAAUCGGCCGCCGAUCUCAAACUCCAUCUUGAGAAAUAUCAUUCUCAAAUGAAGGAGGCGCAACAAGUUGUGGCGGAGAAGACAAGUUCCUUGGAAGCUGAGGCGUAUAAAACUAAAAGAUUACAGGAAGAGAUAGCGCAACUCAGACGUAAGGUCGAACGUAUGAAGAAGAUCGAGCUUGCUGAGACUCUGGACGAAGUGAUGGCGGAGGAAUUGCGAGAAUACAAAGAGACUUUGACCUGUCCAUCUUGCAAAGUAAAGCGCAAGGAUGCUGUUCUCACAAAGUGCUUCCACGUGUUUUGUUGGGACUGUUUGCGCACACGUUAUGAGACGCGACAGCGAAAAUGUCCAAAAUGCAAUUGCGCCUUCGGCGCGAACGACUAUCACCGGCUGUACCUGUCCACUUGAAGAAAAAGGUGCUGAUUAGCUGGAAAACACGCCGCGACGUAAGAUUGUGUUUUGUAAUGUGUUACGUAUGCAUUUCUCUUUUCUUUUUUUUUUCUUUUUUUUUUUUAUAUCUUUUAUUUAUUACUCUGACUUUUUCGGGGGAGGAAGGGAAAACGCGCGAUCGCCUGAAUAUGUCAUAUGUAUAUUUCCAUAUGAAUCACAAGUUUUUGCUAUAAGUUCUUAUUUGGAGAUAUUAAUAUAUAUAUAUAUAUAAAAAAAAAAAAGAACGCGAGUUUUCGGACUUAAGCGAAUUUGUAGCACUCUCGAAGAAACAAGAAACGUUGCUUACUGCUUAAUUUCACUGCUUGCAUUCUUUUUUCUGUAUUAUAUAGAGAAUCUAUAGUCUGGACAUUCAACUGAAACAUAAAUAGAAAUAAGUAAGAAUGUGUGGGCAUAUGUUUACGUGCAAAAGAAAAAAACGAGAGAUUCCAGUUUUAUCAGUUAGCCAGUCACAAGUGUAUGUGGAUAAGUUAAUUUUAUUUAUAAAAUAAGAGACAUGCCGCAUUAUGGUUUGAUUCUUGUUUUUAAAGUACAUCCGGACGAGGUCGUUGCUAAAGCUACAUGCAGAACGAUGAAUAGUUUAGAUAAUAAACAAUUCUGAAUAUUGUACUCGAGAUCUCUUAUUUCGAUAUCGUAAAACUAAAAUAGAAUUUAUCGAAAUUGAAUUGAUGGAGUCGAUGUAAUGUUGAUAAUCGAAAAAGUGGGGCAACUAUUUAAUCUAGAUAAAUAUUAAUCGCGCGCUCACAGAGUUUAAGUAUUAGAUGUAUAUAUAUAUAUAUAUAUAUAUAUUAAACUGAUUGAAUUCAGUUGACGUGCAUGUCAAUCAGAUUCAAUUGCCUUGAGCCCUGUCUACGUAAAGCGCAAAACGAAAGAAAUAUGCAAGACGAAAUAUCUCUACACACACACACACACAAGUAGUAACGUUGGCUCGGUACUGAUCAUUUGUGUUUUACGUGCGCUUUUGCAAGAAAUCAGUCGUGCGACUGUUUUUAAUCUUUCACGUCGAAAAAACAAACGUGAGAUAAAAAAAUUUGGAAAAAAAAACAAUAAUUUCACACACAGUUUUGAAAAUAUGAUUU